AUGGACGAAAUGUCUAAGGGCAUGUCACAAACAGGAAGCACCGCUGCAACUGACAAAAGUUUAGAAAAUGAUGGCUCAUCGACGCCGUUAGUGUAUGUGAACGAAUCGUGCCUCGAGUGUGAAAGAGUUCGCGCUGCGUGUGAGCGACUGGGCGUCCUGGCUCCGGUGCGGGCACCGGACUCCCUGCCUACGACGCAGCAACAACCGGCGCCGGCAUCCUACUUUGUGACCGCACCUUUUGAGGGAGAACUUUUCGAUGCAGCACAUAAAGCCAAAUAUAGGGUACUGGGGCCUACUGCAGUUCUGCAGUUGGCGGAGCGGGAAGAGCCACCACCAGCGAAUGCGCGACCGCUCUACUCGCUGGCAAUGCGAGGAGCAGUCAUAUGCUUCUCGGGAUUUCGAAAAAAAGACGAGCUUACGUACCUGAUUACCUUGAUCCACUACAUGGGUGGUUCUAUCCGUAAGGACAUGUCGAGUAAAGUGACGCACCUGAUAGCGGCGGCCGCGACGGGGGACAAGUAUCGGUACGCGUCGGGCUUCGGCCUGCCGGUGCUGGCCAGGUCGUGGGUGGACGCCUGCUGGGACCGUCGCGACGAUUACCAAUGUCUGGCCACUGAUGAUGCUAUCAUUAAAGAGCACAAAUUAAAAGUGUUUGCUGGAGCGCGGGUAUGCUUCGUGGGCUUCCCAGAGGAUGAGACGCAACACAUGGCGGACGUGCUCGCCAGCAACGGCGGCGCCACCUGCCCCCUCGACGACUCCGACUGUACUCACGUUGUAAUGGCCAAUGGGGAGACUUUCGGUCGUUCGCUUAUCCUUUCACCACAUCUCAACACUCCCGAUUCAUCCGCAAAGCCCUCCCGUUCCACACCCAACCGAUCCCAAACUACUCCAAAGAGCUCUCUUUACCGUAGACUGUCGGCACGUCUAUCGGGCCGCCGCGCUAGUCCAAACAAACAAACAAACCAAACCAACGAAGAUAAUAAACGAGAUGAAACUGAUGAACGUUUACGACUUGCGAGAGACAGUAUUAGAAAUAGUAUAAGUAAUUAUAAGGAUAAAUCCCAAUCUGAAGAUAUCAGUAUUAUUAAUGUAGAUAAAUCAUUUAUUGAUGAUUUUUGUUCUGAUGUUCACGAUAGAAAUGUUGAAAUGCGAAAACAUAAAAAUAAUGAUAAGGAAAACAAGUUUUUAUCGCAAAUCAUUUAUGGCGGUGCCAAAAUGAAUGGCAAGGAAAAGAGAGAAGUGUUUAGAAACAAAUCAAUAAAUGUCUUUAACAUAGUAGAUUGCUUAACAGAGGCCGGGUCUCUGCAUUCUUCGCUCACGAAAAGUUUAUGUGAUUUAGAUUCAAAAGAUGAAACAGAAUUUCCGUUGCCAGUGUCAUCGAGAAAUAAAGAACUACAGCAAUCAAACACGACUAUUUCUUCUGGUAAAAAAAGAAGCCGAAAUUCUACUGACUCUAAUUUCCAAAUAAGUGCCAUAGAUAGUAAUAAUUUAUCUCCUGAUAAGUCUGAGGACGUUAAUUGGAAGUCAAUAAAAAGGUUAAAGAUUAAAGAUUCUUUCAAGUUCAAGAACAAACCUACUAUAUUUAAAAGAACUAAAAAAGAAUCUGUUUCUAAAACAUCAGGUGAUAUAACAGUAGAAGCUGUGAGUCCCGAUAGCGUUAAACCUACUGACCCUGCAGGAGAAUUCGUUGCUUCGACCUCCUCGCCUAUUAAAGAGUUUGAUAACAUAUCCAUUUCAUCUAUGAAUAUUAGUAAACAGUCUGGAUUUUUUGAUAUUUCUUUUGCUUCAAUAAGGAGUUCCAAAACGGUAAAAUCUGCAUCUAAACUACGAAGAAGCGUGAAGUCUUUCACUGCUUCCUUUCGAAGCGAGCGGAAGAAGAAAUAUGAAAAGAGAGCCGAACGUAACACGGUCGAAGUUAACCCUUGUCAUCUACCGCCAGAACUGAAAAAUGUUUCGACACCAAAGAGAGAUUUAGACGAUAUGAAUUUUGAUAUAUCUCCGGUGCAAGUGGACACAGUGGACAGCACCGAUAUGAGAACUCCGGUCAGAGACGAGCCGGACGUGGACGAGUUAGAUGACUCGGCGGUGUUCAAGACGCCGCAGAGCACGUGGCUGCGAGCGCACCGCCACGCGGCGUGCGGCGGCCCCGACCCACACCCCUCCCCCGCCCCCUCGCCGCGCCGCGCCGAGCUGCGCGUCUCGCCGCCCCCCACCCGCGACGCCCGCGCCUUGUCGCAAUGCCAUGGACUAUCGCUACCGGUAGUGGACGAGCACAACACAGUUGUAGCACCGGAGUGUUCGCCGCGUGUUCAUGUUGUCAAAGCAGAAUGGUUCUGGGCCUCAGUACAAAAUGAAGAAGCUCAAGACGAAAGAGAAUAUCUUUUCAAAGAUUACUUGGAGGAGCUGUCACGACGGUCGUCGGUGGGCGGCGCGUGCGCGGCGGGCGUGGCGGCGGGCAUGGCGGCGGGCGAGGCGGAGGGCGGCGCGGGCGCGGCGGGCGGCACGCCGGCGGCGCUGCAGCGCCUGCGCAAGCGCAAGCUGCGCGGCGGCGACGCGGCGCUGCACAAGCGGCGCUCGUCCGUGGGGGACGCCGUGCUGCUCAGCCUCUCCGGCAAUCUGCUGGAUUGUACGCCCUCGCCCGAUGGCAAGCAGCUGCUUGAAGAGUCCGAAGUACCUGACAAUGUGGUGCGAAAAUUGAUGUCUCCGCGACAACAAGUUUUUAUGGAAUUACUUCAAACAGAAUCAAAUUAUGUUGGAAUACUGCAGACAAUUGUAACUAUGUUCAAACAACCGCUGGAAGAGAUGGCUGAGGAAGACACCAAUAAUGGCAAAAAUCAAGCAUUGCUCAAUAACACUGAACUUAAAAUAAUUUUCGGCAAUUUACCGCCUAUUUAUGAAUUACACCAGCGAAUGCUGGAGGAGCUCCACUACGCGCAGGCGCACUGGAGCGAGGAGGUGAGCAUCGGCCGCCUCGUGCUGCGCUACACGCCCGACAUGGUAAAGGCCUACCCGCCCUUCGUCAACUUCUUCGAGAACACCAAGGAGAUGCUGCAACAAUGUGACCGUGAGAACCCAAGAUUUCAUGCAUUCCUGAAAAUCUGUCAAACCAAACCAGAGUGUGGCCGUCAAAGUUUACAGGAAUUAUUAAUAAGACCAGUGCAGCGACUACCUAGUAUAAGCUUAUUGUUAGAUGAUAUCUUGAAGCACACGCACAAGAGCAACCCAGACCACGCGGCGCUGGUGUCGGCGCUGGCGGGGCUGCGUGAGGUGAUGUCGCACAUCAACGAGGACAAGCGCAAGACGGAGGGCCAGCUGCAGAUGUUCGACAUAUAUAAUGAUAUCGAUCAGUGUCCGGCUCACUUAGUGUCGUCACAUCGAUCGUUUGUGUCUCGCUGCGAAGUGGUGGAGCUGUCGAAGGAAUUGUCCGGGCGUGGUGACCAUCUCGUUCUAUUCCUUUUCACUGAUACCAUGGAAGUGUGCAAGAAAAGAUCAAAGGCUUUCAACAGUAAAAGCCCAACGAACGGCACCGGCACCAUGCGGAUAGGCUCCAGCAAGCCCUACCGCCACAUCUCGCUGAUGCCGCUCAGCACCGUCAAGCGCGUCGUCGACAUACGGGAGGCGGAAGACUGUCACAAUGUAUUCGCGCUGAUGUGCCGCAGCAACCAGGAGCUGAAGGAGAAGCUGUACUCCUUCAUGAUCACGGACGAGGCGGUCGACAAGUCGCACUUCCUGCGCCAGCUGUGCCGGCAGAUGGCCAACACCGUCUGCAAAGCUGAUGCCGAUAAAUUCCUUGCAUGCCUGGAGUCGCACCAGCUCGACAUCGACACCAGCGACCUGGCGCUCAGCACGCUCUCCAAGGUGUCCAAGUUCGCCGCGCGCACCCGCAUCAAGCUGGAGGCGCUGGCGGGGCUGGGCGGCUGGCUGCGCGCAGACCCCGGCGCCGUCCUGCUUGACACAUGGGUAUUGCGCGCUCACUUACUCGCACAGGUGGGGCGUGCGCUGUCCUUCAACAAGACGCCCUCGAAGCUGAAGCGCGCCAUGUCGUCGAUGAUCUCCCCGUUCGGCUCCACGUCCAACCUCACGCCCGCGUCGCAGCUCGCGCAGAUGAGGCUCGCCAGUUGCAAUAAUAUAAAUCGUGAAGGAGCAACAAACAUACACACCAAUACAAAGUUUCGCAUUUACAAUAGUAAUCCCAUAAUGUUACGCUGUGCGUGCCAGGAGAUGGGCUCGAGCGCGGGCGGCGGCGGCGCGGGCGCGGCGGUGCUGGUGGCGCCGCUGUCGGUGCAGCCCACGCGCAAGGCGGCGGGCGCGGCCGCGGCGCUGCGCCGCUUC